AUGGUCAGGUGGAAGAAGAGCAGAAGGGCGAAUAUUCGACAAGCGGUGCCGCUGGAGGAGGUGGCAGAAGAGAGCUUGGAAGAAGUGGAUGACGUGGAGGAGGACGAGGACGGCUUCAAUCCGAAUUCCGGAGAGCACGAAGACAACGACAGAGAUCCCAUGAUCAGGUUAGAAUCAGAAAAAGGAUACUGUAGAGCAGAUGGAAAUACAACAAAAGAGAAACAGACCUACGUGUCAAUACGGUCUGCUUUAGCAUAUGUGGGAAAGUAACAUCAAAGAACACAAAAGGAGGUCUCUAUUUCAGAAUGAUCUAUUUUCCCCUCGUGAUUCUCGCAAUCGUCUUCUCGUCCACCCUCACCGUCUUCUCAUUUGCAAUCGAAUACACCGUAUACACGAAGUUAGACUCUCCAGAAUUGAGUUCCUAUUCAUUCUAACCUUUUCUUUUCUAGCAAUGAAAAACGAAAAAAACAUAUGGAGCAACUGAAUCUGCAAGACCUCCGAACCCCUCCAAUGGACGAGAUUCUCGAGGAUCGCUGCCGUUUCAAACGUAAUAUUUGCUCGGCCUUUCGCCCCAAAAUGUCAUUCGUUUUUCAGAAGAGAAGGAAUUCCUGAGGACGUGCAAUCUGCAGCUGACGAAUACGACAUGGUUCAACGUAAUCCUCGAGUUUAUUGCCUUUGCCUAUUCUUUCCUUCUGCUCACCGUCAACGCAAACUACAUUUACCCGACUGCCCAACUAGUAUUAUAUAUUUUCCUUCGUAUCACCUACGGUUCCUCCAAAGUUUAUAGUCGUUUCUAUGGUCCCGAAGACGUAAUCGGAGCAGUUCUGGCCGAAGUUCUCUACGAGUUUAUUACCAAUCACUUAGGCUUCGCAAAGUCAGUCGGUGUCAUUCAGAGCCCACUCGAGCUCCUGCUCUUUCCUCUCGCUCUUUCUGUACUACAAACUCUGACUAAUGCGAAGCAUAGCCAUUUGUACAAAUGCGAAAGACUUAUGCGAAAGCAGAUUAGAGAAAGAUAUAUUCGAGACAGUCUGCUAGAAUAUUACAACAGCAAUGAAAAUGAUUUGUGCUUAUAAUUCACUUUUUUAUCGAUAGUUCAUCCAGAAAAUUGCCGUGAAAUGAAUAAACAAUUUUUGGGACUACUGUAGAAUUUGAAAAGUGUGAACUUUUACGUCGCAGUGUUUGCAGAAUCGGGCGCGGCAGUCCGCGUCGCGGUUUUGAAAGUUGUUUUUUUUGUUUCCGAGGGAUUUUUCGGCGCUACAACGAAGUAAACUCGCGCGGAAUGGAACUGUUACGAUUUGAAACUCGCAACAUUAAAAUACAACUGCGAGUUCCAAAUCGUAACAGUUCCAUUCCGUGCGAGUUCUACUUCGUUGUAGCGCCGAUUUUUCAACUUUUUUUCGGGGUUUCUCGUGAUUUUGCAAAGUUUUUCAGAAUUCAUUGUUUCAAGAUAUAACUAUUUCAGUAAGCUCUUGUUCGCAACUUUGUUUUUGUCCGAUUCCUUCUCUCCCACGAACUUGCGAUGUUUUCAGAAAUAUGCGAGGAACGAACCGUCGAAACUCGAUCAAACUGUCGUUUUUGUUGCUUCGCCACGGAAUUUCCGCAUUUCAAGGUAGAUAAUGUUUUUCUCAUCAUGUUUUACUUGUAUUCCUUGCUUCAGAAUUGACCACGCAGGAGAUCACAAAGUGCCUCAACCAGGUCGGGCACCUCUGCCUCAACAUCUUUGCGACGACGGCUGUUCUGAUCUCUAUUUUAUCCUACUUCUCUUGCAACCCGGAAAACAAGAAUUGUGACGCGUCGUUCCUUUUGCUCUCGUUGGCGAUGUGGUUGCAACUGGCUGCCGCCCGACACCGUACUAUCAUCCCACUGAUCUUCUCUGCCAUGAUCGAAGCUGUCAUCUUCGUUUUCAUUUCUCUCGGACUGGUCAACAUGUUCAGUUCUGAUAAAACGCUCCAAAUCAAGGAUUGCUUCGCUGUUGGAUUCUGGGCUUUGCUCAUCAGUGUUCGCCUGCUGUUCACGCUCGUUCUCUACAAAGUGCUGUCUGUCGAGAACCCUCAGUUCUCCUUGUCGACGACCGUCUUCCUGAAGCCGACCAACACUCCUGUCACCUUCUCGUCUGUGCUCGCACCGCAAGAGCUCGACCCGACCAAUCCGUACUACCCGCAGACCGUCUACAAUCACAUUCAAAGUAACCCUCUCAACAAAACUGUCGCUUGA